AGUUAUAACACAUAUUUCAAACUUAAAAUAUUUUCAUCCCUUAAUGAACCCCUGACUGUGGAAGUGCAGUAUAAAUUCAAUUAAUUUAUGAACUGAACAAGUUUGUUAUUGUAUCAAUGAAAUCUAUGAAUAAUACAGAGUGAAAAAACUGCAUGUUUAAGAAAUUUAGAAAACCAAUUAUAAAUUUUCUUCCUUUAAAAAUGUUUUAAUUUUAAGAAGAAGCUUAGAAAUGUGUUUAUUCAUGCCUUCGGAAGAUAAAACUUGUCUUACGGGAUGAAAAUAUGUUAUAGUUUUUUUUGUCGUUCAAUUUCAACUUUACCUCAAGAAGUGAGUAGGUACUUCUAGGAAACUAUGUAUACUCACCUACUACAUGUAUAGGAGUGACUGUGUCGAGGUACUUCGCAACUUAACAAGAUUGGAAGGCAGUAAUUCUCUACCAGAUGCAGAUUUAAAGAGAGCUAUCAGAUCAGUUAAAGAAUUUAAAGAAAAUUUACCACACCAUAAGGAAACAUCAGAAGAACCAGAGCUAAACAGAUAUGUUAACAUUGCAUACAGUCUGCAGUUAAAGUUUUUGAAAUAUUCACUAGAUUCAUAAACUAUCCUGGAUUUAUACCAAACUUGGACAGAAGGUUAUUACAAUCAAAAGAUAGUAUAGAGAGGAAUAUUAGCUCACCUGGCCUGAAAGGUCCAGCGGCAAAACGUUAUCAAGUAUAGCACGAUACAAAACACCCCCAAGUAUCGACACAACAGAUUUGGUGGAGGAGAGAGGAAAGAACGGUACCUAAAAUAUAGAAAUGCCAAGCCCCCCGCUAAACAGAAACUUGCGAUCAACCAACAAAACUACAGAAGGAGACCAGCAAACAACAGAAAGAAUAAUACCAACUGAAUCAACACAACACAGAACAGAAAGUGUUGGAACAACAGCUGGUACAUGCGGAUUUACAACAACUGGUACAACGGGAAUCACAACAACUGGUACAAGCGGAAACACAACUGGUACAAAACGAGUAACUACAGUGGAAAUAGAUCCAGAAAGUGACACACACGGAAUUAUACAACGUACAACCAUGCAACAACAGGACCAAGCACAACAAAAUCCACAGAUAAAAAGACAGGUGUCUGCUUUGAUCAGCCCAAUUGCCAUUUUGUUUUGGAGAUUCAUCAUGUUAGCAGCUUUCAUUCAAUUUGCUGACCUUUAGUAUGCGGUUACCAGCACCAGCUGAUAAUGUUCGGUGUAUUUACACAAAAACAUUGAUUUCAUUAUACAUAUACGAAUAAUAAAUGUGCACUUGUCUCUGCAAGUGGCGUCUCCCA